AUGACCCUUUUGGUGUACCAAGAAAUGUUGCGUAAAUUAAUAUACCCGGAUGAAACUACUUACCCUUUUGUUUUCAGAGCAUGUUCUUGCUUGUUGGAUGUUCAAAAUGGGAAAACCAUUCAUGCCCAUGUUGUAAAACUUGGUCUUGAUUCAUUUUAUUUUGUCAGUGUUGCUUUUCAGGAGAUGUACAGAGGAUGUGGUGGUCAAAUGUGGAAUGAACACGAGGUGAUUGAUAAAAGGUCUGUUAAGGAUUUUAAUUACUGGAAUUCUUCAAUUUCUGAGGCUUCUAAUUAUGAAAAUGUUGAGGAAAGUUUUCGACUUUUUACGAAGAUGAGAAUGAAGAAUUUUGAACUUGAUUCCUGUACUGUUGUUCACUUGUUGAGGAUGUUUGUUGAUUUGAACUUGUUGAAGACAGGAAAAAUCAUUCAUGGGUUGGUUGUUUUGAAUAAAUUAACAGAGGAUAUGUCUGUUAACACUGCAUUGUUAUCAAUGUAUUCCAAGUUGGGUAGUCUAGGAGAUGCAAGAUUAUUGUUUGAUAAGAUGCCUGAAAAAGAUGGCGUAGUGUGGAAUGUGAUGAUUUCGGGAUAUUCACAACAUGGGUACCCAGAGAAAUCCAUGGAGUUGAUGAGUUUUAUGGUGAAAUCUGGAGUGGGGGCUGAUUUAUUUACUGCAAUUCCUGCUGUUUCUUCAAUCAAGCAGUUGAAAUCCAUUGAGUGGGGAAGACAAAUGCACGCGUUUGUUCUGAGAUGUUGUUUGGAUUAUCAAGUAUCACUUCACAAUGCAUUGAUUGACAUGUAUUGUGAAUGCAAUCAUUUAAAUUAUGCAAGAAAAGUUUUUGACUUGGUAAAAAACAAGACUGUGGUUUCAUGGAGCACAAUGAUAAAAGGAUGUGUAAGCCACAAUCAGUCUCUAGAUGCUUUCUCUCUCUUCACCUAUAUGAAACUAGAUGGAACUAAACCUGAUUUUGUGACAGUCAUCAAUAUAUUGCCUGCCUGUGUAAAUAUAGGAGCUUUAAAGCAGGUAAAAUACCUUCAUGGGUACUCGUCGAAAUCAGGUCUAACUUCAUUUUCUUCUGUUAACACAGCAAUUCUGAUCAGCUAUGCCAAAUGUGGAGCUAUAGAGAUGGCAAGGAAACUUUUUGAUGGAGAGAAAGUUGACAGUAAGGAUAUUAUCACAUGGAACUCUAUGAUCAGUGCAUAUUCCAAGCAUGGAGAUUGGUCUAAAUGUUUUAUGCUGUACAACCAAAUGAAGCAAUCAAACAUGAAGCCGGAUCAAGUAACCUUUCUUGGAUUAUUGACAGCUUGUGUUAAUUCAGGCCUUGUUGAAGAGGGACGAGGAUUAUUUAAUGCAAUGGAGUCCUAUGGUUUCCGACCUUGCCAGGAACACUAUACUUGCAUGGUGGACUUGCUGGGGCGUGCUGGUCAUAUUAAUGAAGCCAGACAACUUAUCAAAACCAUGCCUAUGAAACCUGAUGCUCAGGUUUGGGCUGCCUUGUUGAGUGCCUGUAAAUUACAUUGUGAAACUGAAAUUGCAGAGUUUGCUGCAAAGGAGCUUUUAGACAUGGAACCAAAAAAUGCUGGAAAUUACAUAUUGCUCUCAAACAUAUAUGCUGCAGCAGGACAAUGGGCUGGUGUAGCUAAGAUGAGAAGUUUCCUUAGAGAUACAGGAUUGAAGAAAACACCUGGCUGUAGUUGGCUUGAGAUACAGGGACAUUUACAUGAGUUUCGCGUUGCUGAUCGAUCUCAUCCAAAAUCGGGUGAAAUAUAUGCUAUAUUACAGAACUUAGAGGUGGAAAUUAUGGAGAUUAGAGAUAAGGAUUUAGGGAUACGUGCUUAA